AUGAAGCGUUUCGGGUAUAGUACAAUAUUAUUGUGUCAUCUGACACUGAGUCUGCUGAUCAUAAAAAGCGAAGUUAUUGCUGCAAGUCGUAAAGAUAAAAUAAUCGUUGCCGGUCGGGCCGUUUUGCAGAAUGAAGGAAGUUUUCAAGCCGCUAUUAUAUACAAACAGAAUUUGACAUGCAGCGGAUCACUUCUUAAGAGUCAUGUUGUGUUAACAUCCGCUUCGUGUGUGCGGAAUUUCGAUUUAUCAAAAGUAAAGGUUCGAUCUGGAAGUAACGCCUUCAAAAAAGGUGGACAAUUGCGUAGUGUUCAACAAAUUGUAAUGCAUCCGUUGUACCAAAGUGGUGAGCACUCCCAUAACAUUGCUCUGCUAAAACUUAAUAGAACUUUCAAUUUAACAUCGCCUAAUAUCGACAUGGUUCAGUUGCCUACACCAAAACAGUCGGAGUUACCAUCGUCCCUCUUCAUAUAUGGCUGGGGAAUAUCCAGCUUAAAUGUUAAUGGAUCUCUAAGCAAAUAUUUGCGUGUCUCCAAAUACAAAGUUUAUUCCAACACAAAAUGCCUGCGAUAUUUACCCGAAAACGACAAACAUAACAACCAACCCCCCUUUUGUGUGGGAGAUCGCAGCAAGCAUUUCGAUAUAUGCAACGAUGACAGUGGGGGACCAGCUGUGGAUCAAAACAAGACGCAAUACGGCGUGGUUUCACAUGGAGGGAAGUGCUUUCCAGAAGAUAUUAUAAUUCUUACGAAUAUAAUACCGCACUUGCCUUGGAUAAGGGAUGUACUUCAAUCGUGGAAUGAACAACACAAUUUCGUAUAUAAAUAA